AGGGAGCCUCCGGCGGUCGUUUCCAGGAGUCCGGUCGGUUCGGGGCCCGCUCGCGGACUGUCCGGGCCCCGAGUCUCUCCAGGAGAAUGAAGUUAAGUCGCCAGUUCACCGUGUUCGGCAGCGCGAUCUUCUGCGUGGUGAUUUUCUCGCUCUACCUGAUGCUGGACCGGGGCCACUUGGACUACCCCAAGAGCCCGCGCCGCGAGGGCUCCUUUCCCCAGGGCCAGCUCUCAAUGUUGCAAGAAAAAAUAGACCAUUUGGAGCGUUUGCUAGCUGAAAAUAAUGAGAUCAUUUCAAAUAUUAGAGACUCAGUCAUCAAUUUGAGUGAGUCUGUGGAAGAUGGUCCGAAAAGUUCACAAGGCAAUUUCAGUCACGGUCCUGGCUCGUCUCUCCUGUCAUCGCAGCAGUCCUCCCUCGCAAUCGACCCCAAAGACUGUCUGUUUGCUUCACAAAGUGGAAGUCAGAAUUCUGAUGUGCAGAUGUUGGAUGUUUACAGUCUGAUUCCUUUUGACAAUCCAGAUGGUGGCGUUUGGAAGCAAGGAUUUGACAUUACCUAUAAUACUGAUGAAUGGGACACUGAGCCCCUUCAAGUCUUUGUGGUGCCUCAUUCCCAUAACGACCCAGGUUGGUUGAAGACUUUCGAUGACUACUUUAGAGACAAGACUCAGUAUAUUUUAAAUAAUAUGGUCAUAAAGCUGAAAGAAGACUCAAGGAGGAAGUUUAUAUGGGCUGAGAUAUCUUACUUUUCAAAGUGGUGGGAUAUAAUAGAUAUUCAGAAGAAGGAUGCUGUUAAAAGUUUACUGGAAAACGGUCAGUUUGAAAUCGUGACAGGUGGCUGGGUCAUGUCUGAUGAAGCUGGUUCUCACUAUUUUGCCAUAAUUGACCAACUAAUUGAAGGACAUCAGUGGCUGGAAAAAAACCUAGGAGUGAAACCUGGAUCUGGUUGGGCUAUUGACCCUUUUGGACAUUCACCGACAAUGGCUUAUCUUCUAAAACGUGCUGGAUUUUCUCACAUGCUUAUCCAGAGAAUUCAUUAUUCCAUUAAAAAACAUUUUUCAUUGCAUAAGACCCUAGAGUUUUUUUGGAGACAGAAUUGGGAUAUGGGAUCUGUCACAGAUAUUUUUUGCCACAUGAUGCCCUUCUACAGCUAUGACAUCCCUCACACUUGUGGACCUGAUCCUAAAAUAUGCUGCCAGUUUGACUUUAAACGGCUUCCUGGAGGCAGAGUUGGUUGUCCCUGGGGAAUCCCCCCAGAAACAAUCUAUCUUGGAAAUGUCCAAAGCAGGGCUCACAUGCUACUAGAUCAGUACCGAAAGAAGUCAAAGCUUUUCCGCACUAAAGUGGUCCUGGCCCCACUGGGAGAUGAUUUCCGCUACUCUGACCGCACAGAGUGGGAUCAGCAGUUCAAGAAUUAUCAACUACUUUUUGACUACAUGAAUUCUCAGCCUCAGCUUAAUGUUAAGAUUCAGUUUGGAACGUUAUCGGAUUAUUUUGAUGCACUAGAUAAAGCAGAUGCAAAUAGUAGAAAGAAUAGCCAAUCAGUAUUUCCUGUUGUAAGUGGAGAUUUCUUCACCUAUGCUGACCGAGAUGAUCAUUACUGGAGUGGCUACUUCACAUCCAGACCCUUUUACAAGCGAAUGGAUAGAGUCAUGGAAUCCCAUUUGAGGGCUGCUGAAAUUCUUUACUAUUUCGCCAUGAGACAAGCUCAGAAAUACAAGAUAAACAAAUUUAUUUCAUCAUCACAUUAUGUGGCACUGACAGAAGCCAGGAGGAAUCUGGGACUGUUUCAGCAUCAUGAUGCCAUCACAGGAACUGCAAAAGAUUGGGUGGUUGUGGAUUACGGUACCAGACUUUUUCAUUCAUUCAUGAACUUGAAGAAGAUAAUUGGAGAUUCUGCACUUCUUCUUAUUUUGAAGGACAAGGCCACAUAUGACUCUUACUCAUCUGAUAACUUCUUAGAGAUGGAUUUGGAACAAAAAUCACAAGAUUCUCUGCCACAAAAAAAUAUUAUAAGGCUGAGUGUGGAGCCAAGGUAUCUUGUAGUCUAUAAUCCUUCAGAACAGGACCGGAAUUCAGUGGUCACCGUCUGGGUGAGUUCUCCCUCUGUACAAGUGACCUCUGCUGCAGGGAGACCUGUGGAAUUUCAAGUGAGUGCAGUUUGGGAGUCGGCGAAUACUGUAUCACACACAGCCUAUGAGAUCUCUUUUCUAGCACAUCUACCACCAUUGGGACUGAAAGUAUAUAAGAUUUUUGAAUCAGCAAGUUCAAAGUCACUCUUUGCCGAUUAUGUACUAUAUAAUGGUAAAACAGAGGCUAAAGGAAUUUUCAACAUAAAGAAUAUCAAAAAUGCUGAAGAAGACAUAGUGCUAGAAAACUCUUUUAUUAAGCUUCGGUUUGGUCAGUCUGGCCUUAUGGAGGAAUUGAUAAAUAAAGAAGAUGGUAGGCACCAUGAAGUAAAAUUGGAGUUCUCAUGGUAUGGAACCACAAAUAAAAAAGACAAGAGUGGUGCCUACCUUUUCCUACCUGAUGGGCAAGCCAAGCUUUAUGGGUUCACCACACUGCCCGUUUUCAGAGUGACACAUGGAAAGAUCUACUCAGAAGCGACUUCCUUCUUUGACCAUAUAACCCAUAGAGUGCGGCUCUACCACAUCCCAGGAGUAGAAGGACAGUCUGUGGAAAUUUCCAACAUUGUGGAUAUCAGAAAAGAAUACAACCGUGAGAUUGCAAUGAGAAUCUCUUCUAACAUCAACAGCCAAAAUAGAUUUUAUACUGACCUGAAUGGAUACCAGAUUCAACCCAGAAUGACAAUGAGCAAACUGCCUCUUCAAGCAAAUGUGUACCCCAUGACUACAAUGGCUUACAUCCAGGACACUGAGCAUCGGUUGACACUUCACUCUGCUCAGUCUUUAGGUGUUUCAAGUUUGAAAAGUGGUCGGAUUGAAGUUAUCAUGGAUCGGAGACUCAUGCAAGAUGAUAAUCGUGGCCUUGGGCAAGGUGUUCAUGAUAACAAGAUUACAGCCAAUUUAUUUAGACUACUACUAGAAAAAAGAAGUGUUGCUAACAUGGAAGAAGAGAAGAAGUCGGUCAGUUACCCAUCCCUCCUUAGCCACUUCACUUCUGCUUUCCUGAAUCAUCCCGUCUUUUCAAUGACAGAAAAGGUCUCCUCGCCCACCCCUCAGCUGCUGGGUGAAUUUUCUCCAUUACUGUCAUCUUUGCCCUGUGAUAUUCAUCUAGUUAAUCUGCGGACAAUACAGUCAAAGGUAGCCAAUGGGCCUUCUGACGAGGCUGCCUGGAUCCUUCACAGGAAAGGGUUUGAUUGCCGGUUCCCUAGCAGAGCCACGGGGCUGCUUUGUUCCACUACUCAGGGGAAGAUGUCGGUUCAGAAACUUUUUAGCAAGUUUACUAUUGAAAGUCUCACACCUUCCUCGCUGUCCUUGAUGCACGCACCUCCAGACGCCCGGAACAUUAGUGAGAUCAACUUGAGUCCCAUGGAAAUCAGCACGUUCCGAAUCCGGCUGAGGUGAAACCCGGCUUUCACAUUUGGAUGGAGCAGCAUUGACUUGUGUACUCUAUUGGUUGGACGUGCAAUAAAGAAGUGCAUCCCUCUAGCUUCUGGCAACUGUGAGAACAUGACUUCUGUGAUUCUCUCCUCACCCCCCAAAAGUAAGGAAGAAGAAGAAAGGGGAAAAAAGAAAAAGCCAUGCUAUAAGCCAGUGUUUUUUGCUCUGUUUCGACAUUCCUUUCUUGAACCACUACCACCAUCAGUAUACUUUGAUGCAACAAACAGAGAAAUGUUUAGGGACAACCUUACAGCAGAUUGUAUCUCAGGUUAAAUGCUAACUAAUUAUAUCUGUGUUGGGGGUUGCGAAGAGAGUCUUAGCAGUAUUCAUAUUGCUAACUGCAUUAAUUUUAUAAAAGUACACACAUGACCGAAAAGGAAUACAAGCUGGUGAUAAUAGCUAAUGGCCAAAUGGUUGCAGUCGUUCAUACAAGUAAAGAAAUUUGUAUGUUGGAACACGUGGAAAAGUGCAAUCAUCAACGCUCAAUGAUACACAUACUUGCUUUCCACACCUUUUGCUAACGUACAUCUUACCCUUCCCUUCCCACCCUUUGUAAUUAGUUCCGGAAGUUCAGAUCUUAACUCAUUCAGCAGUAGAAAAAGAGGCAUCUUUUCAUUACUUGACAACAUGGGAUAGGUGCAAUUUAUUCCAUUGUCACUCAAAUUGAAGAAGCAAUUCCAUAGGUACCAAAAACCUAUUUGGGGUACCACAGGAGUCUUUUUACACAGCUCAUUUGAAUACAGGUGUUCUGAGAGGGGGGUUUCUAUUUUAAAAUUACCAUAUCAAGAUAAAUGUGCCUUAUUUUUUUAUAAGUCUUGUUAAAUCUUUUGGUGUCCAUAGUACUGUUUGGGGCCAAGGCGGAAGGGUGGGCAGCGGGAGGGGAGGAAUACUUUAUAUGAUACAUAAAUUGUAUAAUUUUUGCCUGACAAUGCUGGCCACACUCUGAUCUGUUUCAUUAAAUCUGUGCUGAUGUUCCUGUAAACAUUUUGACUAUUUGAAUGUACCAAGUUGUCAGAAAACAAACAAGGAAGAAAAAUAGUGUUAAUUAAAAUAUGCUGCUGCCAAGGAAACUGCAGCUUAAUACAGUGGCUUUGUAACAUUCAAUAUCCAGACCCUGCUUCCGUUUCACAGGAGUGGACCAGACUGACGCAAGAAUGCUUUAAAUAGAUCCUGUGUUGAAACCCACCCCUCUAGGGCUUAUCACGGUUUCUUAAAGAAUUUGUUUCUUCAGCCAAUUCUCACCUUUUAUGUGUGUUCCACUCAAAGUGGUGAUCUAGUUGUAGCCCAUAUGCCAUUAUCGUACUUUCCAAAAAAUGUAUUUGGGAUCAGUGUUUCCUUAACCGUGAAAGAAGAGCAACACUAGUCUCAUUUUGGAUGUUCACUUUUAGCCUGGAGAGGAUUCUUGGAGUAUGUAUAGUUUUGAAAAAUCCCUUUUAUGUUAAGCUAUAAAUUUAGUAUUAUCUGGCUCUAAAACGUCCAUUGACUUCUUGUCAUUCCAACAUCUUUAACAGAAAUUAAAACCAAGUUUCUGUUUGUUUCACCACGUAGUUGGAUUUUGCCUGGAUUUUCACUCGAGAAGCAGUUCCUAAGAUUAUUGUUAGGUUAAGCCCAUAAUCUCCUUUCGCCUUUAACAAUAAGGAAAACAAUACCACUGUCAAUAAUGAUAUUACAAGGGAGUAAUUUCAUGCAAUAAACAUGUACUGUACCUUUCCUUCCUAGUUUUUUGAGGAUAAACAACCAUUAGAAAAUAAAAGAUAAAUGCCUCUUUUUUGUGGACAUCUACAGAUGGAAGGAUUGCCAGACGCAAAUCCCAGGAAUAAGAUCAGUAUUUCCAUUGCAUCUUAAAUGCAAAACUUCCUGUGGGAGUUCACUGUGUUCUGUGGUUAAAAGGAUGUGUGUAUUCAUUUUGUUAUUUCUGAGCAGCUGAAAUAUUAAAAAAAAAAUCCUGAUGCAAUAACAGUGGUUUGGCCACGUCUGGUUGUUUGAGACGGAUCUGUCCCCUGUCAUUUGGGAUCUAGUCUGUGUGUUGCCACCAGCUGUUCACAAGGAAAGCAGAAAGUCUAACCAGCAAGUUUCUGCCUUUUUUCAAGUUGUUUUUAGAAUAUAUCAUCAGGGAAAUGAAGAGAGGAUGCUUUUGCUUUGGAUGGUAGUCAAGAACUGACUAAAUAAUUCGGUGUCUUGGCCGCACGCUAAAAUACCAUACACUUGGAUGUGACCAUGCUGACAUGUUUGUUUGCUUAAGUUUUAUUACAUGUGUUACCAUAAUAGCGCUUUGACCACGUAGUUCAUUAUGUUCUCUUAGUUGUUUGUGUGUUUGGGGAAUUUCAAUUUGGGGUUACAAUUAUGGUGUUGAGAACUCGGCAUCCUUGUUUUCUACAAAUACUGGUUGAAAUAAACAUUGUGAAAUGUGUUAUAAACCUUUCUAUGUCUUUGUUGUACUUAUGCGGAAAUGUUUUCACAUUUCUUUGUCUGACAGAAUAUUUGCUUUCAUUUGAUUAUUUUGUUCACCUUGGAAAUCAACAGGUUUUGAUAUUUUCUCUUGGAAGAUUUUAUAUCUUUUUGGGAACAUGUAAUAUAAGAUCUCUAAUAAAAGAUAAUCUUACCAUGUGA